AUUAUGACAUCCCAUAAAAUGCUACGUUUGGUACCACUGUUACGCUGCCAACGGCUACUCCCGGGCGGACAACUACAGGGUGUCCGCCAGUACUACUGGCCGGGCAGUCGGCGCUCGGCGGCCGCCGACCUAUGGUUCCAGAAAAUCGAUGACAUGGAGCGGUCGAUGAACCGAUUGUGGCGCGACUUAGACCAUCGUAUGUCGCCGUUUACCGGCGGUCUGGUUCGGUGGCAGCCGUUUAAUGUCGGUCUACGACCCGAUCUAUACGGUAUUGCUGCGGAAACAGUCGGCGAAAAUGGUCAACGAUUGUACAAAAUUACCCUGGAUUUGGGCCGCGAGUUUCAACCCGACAAUGUCCAGGUAAAUGUAUCGGCAGCCGAUCGGGUGGUCACUGUUCGGGCCCGUUUGGAGACCGAAACGGGUGGCAGCGGCGGCAGUGGUGGCAGUGACGGUAAUUGCAAACAACUACACGAAUAUCACUAUCAGUAUAGUCUGCCAUCGGAGGCCAACAUCGAUGAAAUCCGGUCACUACUAACAGCCGAUGGACAGUUGGCCAUUGAGGUACCGCUACCGGAGCUCAAAAAACAGGAGCCGACGAAACACAAGGAGUCGCCUAAAGUACACGAAAUUCCUGUCAAAAAAAAUUAA